AUGACCUCAAGGAUCUUUGAGGUUUUACAGGCAUUUGUCAUUUUUCUGACAGCUCAAUAUCGGGAAGACGAUAUAGGCAAAGUGUGGCCCUUGACGGGUCUUGCCAUUCGCAUGGCCACUAUUCAAGGCCUCCACCGUGACCCGUUGGCACUACCACUGGGAACGAUUGACAUAGUGCAAGUCGAGCUGCGCCGCCGACUAUGGACACAGAUCUGUCACCUAGAUUUUCGAGCUGCGGAGGGACAUGGGUUUGCUCCUUCAAUCCACGAGUCUGAUUUUGAUACUCGUCUCCCUCUCAAUGUGGACGAUGUUGAUCUAAUAGAAAGAGUGGCGCCCUCUACCAAACUCUUAGAUGCCCCUAAAUUCACAGACAUGACCAUCUAUCUGCUUCGGGUCACAGCCGCCCAAUGUUACGGCCGCAUUAUCCAGAUCACACAUGCAUCGCGAAAGAGAAUGCGUGCCGGUUCCCAGGGAGAUCUGGCAGAAGAGCAAGACUUGUCUGAACUUCAAACCCUGUUAAAAACCGCCGAGGCCAUGGCAGCUGAGCUGGAGAAGGCGCUGGAUAAUCUUGUCCAAUACUGCGACAAGAGAGUGAGCUUGCAAUCAAUGGCCUUACAGCUCAGGACUCAUCUAAAGUCCAAAUUCUGGGUCAUAUUCUGGAUCCAGAUUUCUCGCCAGGACCGUGAGAAGAUCAUCAGCCCGGCCAUGCGAAGGAGUAUAUUCAUGGAUGCCGCCACAACCGUAGAGAACUGGUGUACAAUCGCCUCAAGCAAAGAUUGUGAACCCUUCCAAUGGCAUAUUUCCUCACAUGCCGGCUUCUACCCUAUCCUUUACGUCCUUUCUGAGGUUCGUAGCCCUGUAUUUCAAACCCCGGAGUGGGCCGAUCUUCGACAGAGGGGUCUGCAGGUCGCAAACGCAAUCCAUGAAAUCCGCGGCCAGCACACCACCGGGGCAUGGCCAGCCAUUAUCUGGUUGAUUGAGCGAAUUCGAUCCCGGAGCCUGGGUCUCACCGAGGACAAUCGAACAGUCGAUCCCACCCCAGGGCCACAGGACAAUCCGAUGUUGUCGGGAUCAGGGUCGGAUAGCAUGGGUUUUAUGGGAGUUGAAUUAGACGCCGCGAACUUUCUGGGAUUCACGCAUCUGCAGGACUUUGACUUUCCUGACCUUGCGGGGUUUGACCCGAUGUCGUUUUCUUGUCCUUCGCAGACGAGCUGA